UACAAUUUCAUUGGUGGAGUGAAUGAUUAAUAAAGUUGAAAAACGAUUGAAGUCAUUGGGGUUUGGUCAACUAAAUGUCGUCGUCUUCGUCCUCCAACAGUGGAUGGAUCUACGACGUGUUCGUAAGCUUCAGAGGAGAAGACACGCGAAAGACUUUCGUGUCUCAUCUCGACGCUGCCCUCUCAAAUGCGGGGAUCAACACUUUCAUCGAUUACAGGCUUGAGAAGGGAGCGGAGAUAGUAGCACAACUAGUGCGAGCAAUACAAGGGUCUCGGAUGUCCCUCAUCGUUUUGUCCCUUGACUAUGCUUCAUCGAGGUGGUGUCUUGAUGAGCUUGUCAAGGUUAGACAAUGUGACAGAACCGACGGCCAGAUGGUUGUGCCCAUAUUCUACGAUGUUUAUCCAUCCGAUGUGCGUCAUCAAACGGGUGCUUUUGGAGAACGCUUUAAAGCACUUGUAGAUAAAUGUUUACUCCAAGGAAUGCACCACCAGUGUUCAAGUUGGAGGGAUGCACUCACGACGGUUGCAAAUUUAGCAGGUUGCAAUUCCAGGAAUUUUAGGAGUGAUGGUGAGCUAGUGGACCAAAUUGUUGAGGAUAUUUUUCGAAAACUAGACAUGGACUUAUUGACUAUUACUGAAUUCCCAGUUGGAUUAGAAUCGCGAGUGCAACAAGUGAUUGACUUUAUUAAUCAUCAAUCAGGGAGAGGUUGUGUUGUAGGGAUCUGGGGAAUGGGGGGAUCGGGAAAAACAACCAUCGCCAAAUUCAUCUAUAAUCAAAUUCGCUUGAGAUUCAAGCGUAGAGGUUUCAUUGAAGCAAGUAAUAGAGGGCACAUUGAUUUACAAGAAAAACUUCUUUCAGAUGUCCUGCGAACAAAGGUCAAGGUACAUAGCAUUGCCAUGGGCAUAAGUAUGAUCGAGAAAAGAUUUUGUGGAGAAAGGACUCUCAUUGUACUUGAUGAUGUUACUGAGUUUGCACAAUUAAAAGCAUUGUGUGGAAAUUGUAAAUGGAUUGGUGUAGGAAGUGUAGUCGUCAUUACAACCAGAGAUGUACGCCUACUGAAACUACUUGAAGUUGAUUAUGUUUAUAAAAUGGAGGAAAUGGAUGAAAAUGAGUCCCUUGAGCUGUUUAGUCAACAUGCUUUUAGGGAAGAAAAACCAAGUGAAGACUUCAAUGAACUUGCAAGAAAUGUAGUUGCUUAUUGUGGAGGACUACCUCUGGCUCUUGAAGUCCUUGGUUCUUAUUUAAUAAAGAGGACAAAGAAAGUAUGGGAAAGUGUCUUGUUAAAACUAGAAAAAAUUCCCAAUUAUCAAGUGCAAAAGAUAUUAAGAAUAAGCUUUGAUGGUUUAAGCGACCCCUUGGAAAAGGAUAUAUUCCUUGAUGUAUGUUGUUUCUUUAUAGGUAAAGACAGAGCCUAUGUUACAGAGAUACUAAACGGCUGUGGAUUAUGUGCUGAUAUUGGAAUAACAGUUCUCAUAGAACGAAGUCUCAUAAAAGUUGAAAAGAACAACAAACUUGGAAUGCAUCCUUUGCUACGAGAAAUGGGCAGAGAGAUCAUUUGUGAAAGUUCAAGAAUCGAACCUGGGAAGCGGAGUCGAUUAUGGUUUCAAAAGGAUGUACUUGAUGUAUUGACAAGGAAUACUGGGACAGAAGCUAUUCAGGGAUUGAGUCUGAAACUGCGUUUCACCAUCAAAGAUUGCUUCGAAGCUUAUGCUUUUGUGGAAAUGAAGGGGUUGAGACUGUUGCAACUUGAUCAUGUACUACUCUCUGGAAAUUAUGGGUAUCUUUCUAAGCAACUGAGAUGGGUGUCUUGGCAAGGGUUUGCUUUAAAAUAUAUACCUAACAACUUUGAUCUGAAAGGUGUAAUUGCAAUUGAUUUCAAACACAGUAGUCUUAGACUACUCUGGAAAAAACCCCAGGUUUUGCAGUGUUUAAAAAUCCUCAAUCUUAGUCAUUCAAAGUACUUGAUAGAAACCCCUGACUUUUCAGGACUACCUAGUCUCGAAAAACUCAUUCUUAAAGAUUGUCCAAGUUUGUGCAAGGUACACCAAUCCAUUGGAGAUCUUCGGGAUCUUCUAUUGAUUAAUUUGAAGAAUUGUACAAGCCUAAGCAAUCUCCCCAGAGAGAUGUAUAAACUGAAAUCUUUGAAAACUCUCAUCCUGUCUGGUUGUUUGAAGAUUGACAAAUUAGAAGAAGAUAUAGUGCAAAUGGAAUCCUUGACAACUCUAAUUGCUGAAAAUAUUGCUGUGAAGCAAGUUCCCUUUUCAAUAGUAAGCUCAAAAAGCAUUGGAUAUAUAUCUCUAUGUGGAUAUGAAGGACCGUUACGUAUUCUUAUUCCUUCUAUUAUUUGGUCUUGGAUGUCACCAAGAAUGAAUCCUCUAUCUCGCAUUCAUUCUAUUCCUGGCACUUCAUCUCUAGGUCCCAUGGAUAUGCAGAAUAAUGAUUUGGGUGAUCUAGCACUAUUGUUUAGCAACCUUUCAAACCAAAGAAGUGUCUUGAUGCAAUGUGACACAAAGUUUCAACUAUCUAAACAAUUAGGAACUAUUCUGGAUUUUACUAAGUCAGAACUAACAUCAUAUACAUCACAAGUUUUGAAGCAUUCUUUGGAGUCUUAUUUGAUCGGCAUUGGAAGUUAUGCACAAGGCUUGAAUAGUCUCAGCAGGAGCAUAUCGGAGGGAUUGGCAACCAAUGAAUCUUGCGAUGAUUUUCUUCCGGGAGACAAUUAUCCUCAUUGGUUGGCAUAUACGGGUGAUGGACAUUCGGUGUAUUUCACUGUGCCAGAAAAUUGUUGCAUGAAGGGAAUGACUUUGUGUGUUGUUUAUUUGUCAACCCCUGAAAACACAGCAACUGAAUGUCUUACUAGUGUCAUAAUGGUCAAUUACACAAAGUGCAACAUUCAGAUAUUCAAACGAGACACAGUAAUUUCCUUUAAUGAUGUAGAUUGGCAGUGCAUAAUAUCACAUUUGGGACUUGGAGACGAAGUGGAGAUUUUUGUAACUUUUAGGCAUGGAUUGGUGGUCAAGAAGAUGGCUGUCUAUCUCAUGUAUGGUGAAUCA